CCGUCCCGUCCCAGCAGGAGAUCAGAGCCAUGCUGCACUGGGGAUACGAGGAGCACAACGGGCCUGCCCACUGGAAUGAGGUUUUUCCGGUUGCUAAUGGAGACCGUCAGUCACCCAUCGACAUCAAAACGGAGGAAACCAAGUACGACCCCUCUCUCCGUCCUCUAAAUCCCAAUUAUGAUCCAGCUUCUGCUAAAAUCAUCCUUAACAACGGGCACUCCACCAGCGUUGAGUUUGAUGACACCGUCAACAAAUCAGUGCUGACCGGGGGGCCUCUCAGUGGGACCUACAGGCUGCGCCAGAUUCACUUCCACUGGGGGUCCAAUGAUGAAGCCGGCUCUGAGCAUGCAGUGGAUGGGAUGAAGUAUGCAGCAGAGCUUCAUGUGGUCCAUUGGAACUCAGAGAAGUAUUCCAGUUUUGUUGAGGCAGCUCGUCAGUCAGAUGGAUUAGCAGUCAUGGCUGUGUUUCUGCAGAUUGGUGAAUGCAACCCUCAGCUGAAUAAGAUUACUGACCAGUUGGACACCAUCAGAAUCAAGGGUAAAAAAGCACUAUUCACAAACUUUGAUCCCAGCUGUCUGCUUCCCAAGUCCCUAGACUACUGGACAUACUUUGGCUCUCUCACUGUUCCACCUCUUCUUGAGAGUGUCAUCUGGAUUGUUCUGAGAGAGCCCAUAAGCGUUUGUUCUGAACAGCUAGCCAAAUUCCGCAGCCUCCUGAGCACUGCUGAGGAUGAGGUCGCCUGCUACUUGCUGAGAAACUUCCGGCCUCCCCAGCCUUUGAAGGGACGAGAAGUCAGAAGAAAUUAAGAGAGUAAAGCCAGAGUAGUCUCCUUCUGAAAGCAGAGGCUGAAUUCAUUGUAUUAGUUCAUU